AUGGAUGCUCUGUCAGAAGCAAAUGGCACCUUUGCCUUGAACCUUUUGAAAAAACUGGGUGGAAACAACUUGAAAAACAUAUUUUUUUCACCCUUAAGUGUCUCCUCAGCCUUGGCAAUGGUCUACAUGGGGGCGAAGGGAAGCACAGCUGCCCAGAUUGUCCAGACACUGUCUUUUAGUAAAAUUGGUGCUGAAGAUAAGGACAUUCACCAAGGUUUCAAGUUACUUCUGGCUGAAAUUAACAAAACUGGUACCAAGUACUUGCUUAGAACUGCUAAUGGGCUCUUUGGAGAAAAGUCUUAUGACUUCCUUGCAAAUUUUACAAAUUCCUGCUAUCAAUUCUACCAAGCCAACAUGGAACAGCUUGACUUCCUUAAGGAGGCAGAGACAUCCAGGAAACACAUAAAUGUAUGGGUUGCUGAUAGGACUAAAGGUAAAAUUACAGACAUGCUGCCUCCAUAUUCAGUUGGUUCAUUGACUAAGCUGAUUCUAGUGAAUGCCAUCUAUUUCAAAGGGAAUUGGGAAAAUCAGUUUGAGAAAAAGCAGACCAAAGAAAUGCCUUUUAAUGUCAGCAAGAAUGAGAACAGAACUGUGCAAAUGAUGCAUCAGAAAUCAUCUUUUAAAAUGACCUAUGUUGAAGAAAUAUCAACUCAGAUUCUUGUGCUGCCCUAUGCUGGAGGAGAUCUGAAUAUGGUCAUCAUGCUUCCAGAUGAAGACACUGACUUGAAAAUGGUGGAAAAAGAACUCUCUUAUGAGAAACUCAUAGAAUGGACAAGGCCAGAGAAGUUGUAUAAAAGAGUGGAAGUUUUCCUUCCUAGAUUUAAACUGGAGGAAAAUUACGACAUGAAAGAUGUACUUCAAGAUUUGGGUAUGGUUGAUGCCUUUGAACAAGGCAGAGCUGACCUCUCUGGAAUGUCAUCUAAGAAAGACUUGUGUUUGUCCACGGUCAUUCACAAAUCCUUUGUGGAGGUGACUGAGGAAGGCACAGAAGCAGCAGCUGCCACGGCUGUCAUGGCACUGGGGGGCUCAGCAUACACCAAACCUCCCCCCAAGUUUUGUGCUGACCAUCCCUUCCUUUUUUUUAUCCAGCACAGCAAAACCAAUGGUAUUGUCUUCUGUGCCGAUUUUCCUCUCCAUAAGGAAGUAAUCAUACACAUUUGA